AUGGGCUACAUCGGCGCCACCGCAACGGGCCUCAUGGCCGGCCUGCACGGCUACAUCCUCGUCCUCGAGAUGUUCCUCUGGACGCACCCGCGCGGCCGCAAGGCCUUCCGCCUGAGCGCCGACUUCGCCGAGAAGACAAAGGCCCUCGCCGCCAACCAGGGCCUGUACAACGGCUUCCUCGCCGCGGGGCUCGCCUGGGGCCUCGCGCACCCCGUCCCCGAGUUCGCCGAGCAGCUGAAGCUCUUCUUCCUCGGCUGCGUCGCCGUCGCCGGCGCGUACGGCGGCGCCACGGCGAACCCGCGCAUCUUCCUGAUCCAGGGCGUGCCGGCGAUCGUGUCCAUCGGCGCUGUGCUGUCUGGGUACUAA